AUGAAUAAUCUUAAGCUAUAUAAAUGUAAAAAUUUAGCUAACUUGUAUGUCAAAAAUAAAGAGAUUAACGAAUACCUAAGUAUAUUAAAGUAUUUAGGUUGCUCAAGUAAGGAAAAUAUAAAUACGUUAAAGAUAUUUAUUUUUGAUGAAUUUUAUUCAAUAGAAGAUAACAAAAAAAAAGAAGGAAUUACAUAUAUUAAUGAAACAUUUUAUAAAAAUAAAAGUAAUGAAACAAGUACCCCAUCAAUAGAUAAGGAAAACAAAAUAUUAAUCAAUAAAAAAUUAGACUGCAAUAAAUCUUUUGAUACAGUCAAAAUUAAAAAUAAAUCGAAUAAAAAAAUAUGGUAUUAUGAAAUGUACAUCUUUUAUAACGAUAAAUUUGACUCUAAUUUGAUAUAUGAUACAUUAGGGUUAGAUAUAUAUGAAACCUCAUUUAAUGUUAAUGAUUUAGAAUUUUCUAAAGAAAAAUUAAUACUAAGUAGAUUACCAAAUGAUGAGUUCGAUUACGAUAUUCAAUCAGAAAAUGAAAUAUUUUUUAAUUUCGAACAUUCUAAAAUAAAAAAAAUUUUAUCAUGUUUAAAUACAAAAUGUGUUAGUUCCUUUUCAGGAACACUUAUAAAACUGCCAAUGGAAACAGAUUUAAAUAAAAACGAAAUUUUAAAAAAAAUCAGAAAAGCUACAACUGAUGUAGUGUUGUUUUCAAAAAAUAUAGAGUAUAUCGAUAUAGAGAUAAAUAAUUUCUCUUUUUUUAGUUGGAAAAAGAAAAAGAAAAUCAUAAGUAUUUCCAAUUUGGAAAAUGAAACAAAGUCAAAAAAGGAUAUAAAAUAUUUCCAUAUUGAAUAUAAAUCUAAUGAAUUCGUUACUUAUUACAUAAUAUAUGAAAAAGUAAUUACAAACAAUAGUUCAUCUAAUAUUGACAAAGAAAUAAUAUUUUUCUACACUCCAGAAUUAUAUGAAAUAGAAAAAGAUAAUAGAAAAGAAAAAAGCUUACACUUUAAUGAUAUAAUUUUCAUAAAUUUUCUAGAAAACAUUCCAAUAUUUAUAAGAACAAAAGAUGAUAAAACUACAUUAAUAAAUGAUAUAUUUUUAAAUUAUUCUUAUUUUUUAUGUGAUACAUAUAUUGAAUUUCUACUAUUAUUACGCGAAAUAAAUUAUUCAUCUAGCAAUUAUGAUUAUUCCUAUUAUUUACCUCUGUUAGAUAUAGAAAAAAAAAAUACCCUGAAUCAGUUUGUAUAUUUUUUAUUCAAACAAUUAUUUGAUGAGAAAAAAAAAUUAAAAUUAUUUUUUAAUGGAUAUAACUGGUUAAGUUUUAGUGAAUGCAUAUUUAUUUCAAAUAAUUUCAAAGUAUUCGAUAAUUGUAUAUCGGAUAUUAUAAAAUAUUCAGAUGUAAAAAAUUUGCUUUUUUUAGACAAAAAGGUGAAAAAUGCUUUAUAUUAUUAUUUAAAUGAAUUAAAUGAAGAAAAAAAUUAUAAUUUAAUUAUAAAAAUUUCACGAUACAAUUUAAAAUAUAUUGAUAAUAUUCCUCACAAUAUUAAAAGCAUAGAUAUUCAUAAUAAUAAUUUAGAUGUAUUACACAAGCAGUUUGAAAAUAAAUAUAACAAAUUUUUAUGUGAAAUAGUUAUAGGCAAUUUGAAGUGUAUGAAGUAUGAAAAUUAUAUAAAUAUUUUAGUUCAUUUACUAAAAUUAAAUGAAAAUUCUUUAAACAGAUUUUUAAAAAAUUAUUCUUGCUUCCCGAAUGAAGCAAAAAAGCUAAAAAAAAUUGGAGAAUUAAUAUUUUUAGCAGAUAGGGAACACUAUGAAAAAUGCACAGAUGAAAAAAUAUGUGAAUGCUUCUCCUUUUUACAUAAAAAUAGAGAAAAUCUAGAUCAGUGUAGUGAGAAUAAUGAAAAUCCUGAAGAAAGUCUAGAAGAAAAAAAUAAGAAUUCUAAUGGAAAAUUAAAUGAUUUCAUUAAUAAUGAAAAUCUAAUAUCAAUGGAUUUUAUCAAAAAACUAGGAAAGAAAGAUAUAGAAAAAUUAAAAUCACUAGGACUAACUAUUAUUGAUGAAUUAUAUAAAUUAAAUGAUAACAUAAAUGAUAUUUUAUUUGAUUUAAAUAAAUUAUUUCAUAGUACAAAUGUUUGUGAAAAUAAAUUAAAAAUUUUAAACAAAAUAAUUUACCAAUUAGAAAAGAAUUUGAAAUGUUUUGAAGAUCCUAAAAUGUUACAAACAAUUAAAGAUACCUUUUUUUUGCCUGUAUUUAAAAGUAAAACUUUUAAUUAUGAAAAUAUGGCCAAUAGUUCAUUGAUAAGUCAUAAAAUAUCAACCAAAUGUAUUAAUAAAUGCAUUAAAAAUAAAAGUGUUGCAAAAGAUAUAAGUAAUAAAGAAAGAAUUCAUAGUAAUAAUAAUAUAAAUUUACUAAAUGAUAUAAAUAGUAAUAGUUCUGAAAAUCAUGCAGAUACUACAAGUAAAACUAUUAAUAAUAUCGAUAAUCUAGAAGUGGAAAAUAAAAAAGAAAAAAGAGAUGUUAAUAGUUCAAAGGAUUUUAUUAGAAUCAAUGAAGGCUAUGACAAAAAAUAUUUUAAUAUAAUUUUUUUAAAAAAAAAAACUUAUAAUUUAGAAAACAUUAAUAUUUCUUCAAAUUUAAUUAACCUAUUGAAUUUAUACAAGAAGCCUCCUUUAACUCAUGUGUUAGAUAAUCUUGAAUUAUUAAUUAAGAAUCAUAAAAGUAUAUGUUUACCAAAUAUAUCAAAAGCAUAUGAAGAUAUAUAUGAAUUUUUUGAAAAUUAUAUAGUUGAAAAUGAAUUAAAAGAAAAAUUAAGUACUUCUGUAAAUAACACCUAUCAUAAUGAAAUAUCAGAUAAAACUAAAAUUAGAGAGUAUCAAAAUUUCUUAAAUUUUAUACAAAAAAAGAAUUUUAUUUAUAUUAAAAAUCAACUAUGGAAAUCAAAAAAUGUAUUUUUAAUAAAAAAUAUACCAUUUAACAUUUUUUUGUGUGAACUACCAAAGUUAUAUAAAAUUAAGUACCCGAACUUGUGGGAAUUGAGUUCGAUACAAACAAAAUUAAAGCAUUCUAAUUUAGUUAGAAUACUAGGUGAUAUAAAAAGUAAAGUAAUUAUAAGAAAAAAAAUGAACGAAAAAAAUAAAAAAAAUGAAACUACAGAAGAAAAAAUACAAUUAAGUGGCCUACUAAAAAUUUCUUACAUAAACAUUUUAAAUAUAAUAGAUAACUCUAUUUGUGAUAUAGAUCCUAGUAUAAGUGAAACAUUUGGAUGCAAUAGUUACAAUGAUAAUGAAAUUCCUUUAAAAAGUGAAGAAAACGUACAGGAUAAAAAAAAAAAAUAUGGUGAAACAAUGAAUAAAUUAAGAUGUAACUGUUUUCAAAAUAUUUAUUUACCAAAUAAUAAAUACAUUUUAAUAAAAAAAGAAGAAUCCAUUUAUAUUAAAAAUUGUUUACAGUACAAUCUUAAUUUACAGAAAAACAAUAUUAUUCACAAGGACAUUAAAGAGAAUAUAAUUGAUUUAUUAAAUAUACCAAAGAAGCAAAAAGUAAAUGAUAUCAAUGAUAUGUCAAUCGGUAAUAAAAGCAAAAUACUACCUAAAAUAAACAAAAAUAAAAUAAAAAGUGUUUCUCUUAAGUUGAAAAAAGAGAAAAUAACUAAAGCGGAUGCCACUAAUCAUAUUAGUGAAAAAUUAAAUAAAUUAAAUGCUAAAUUAGAAAAAAAUUAUGAAUUAAUGAUAAAAAAAAAAAAAAAUAUGAUGGCAUCAAAUAGGGAAAGAAUAAUAUUACUACCAAAAAGUAUUAUCCAUAAAAGUGUAAAUUAUGAAAAAAAAAAUUCUAUGAAUACAUCUAAAAAUAAAAUAUUAAAAAAAGGAAACCAAAUAAAUGAAAGCAUUUUAUUUAAAGAAAUGAAAAAUUUGAUUUCAUUUUUAGACAAUAUAGGGUGUUUUGAUAUAAAAUUUAUUAUAGACAAAAGAACUUUUAAUCAAAAUAGUUUUCCAGAAUAUUUUUUAAAAAAUGCAAGUUUGUGUUUGUAUAUAAAAUUUAAAAAAGAAAGUUAUUAUAACUUUUUAAUUCAUAAAAAUAAAUUAGAUGAGUACAUCUCUUCUCAAAAUAUCAUAUAUGAUGGAGAAUGCGCAAAUACAGAAGAAAAUAGUUCACAAACAUUGAAUUUUUGUGAUGAUUUAAUUUGCCUAUACCUAUUUACAAAUUUUUCAAAUAUCUUAGAAAAUUUGUUAAUAUUCAAUGAUAAUAAUAUUUGGGAAUGGCGUUCUGUAAUAAAUGAAGAAAAUAAAAAUAUUUUAUGUAGCAAUAACGAAAAUGUAAAUAAUGAAAUUAUAGAAAAUAAUGGAUAUGAUCUAAAUAUUUCUUUUAAUGAAAAUAAUAAUUUAAAAUAUAUCUAUGAGGAUACAAAUACAAAAACGAACAGUAAGAAAAAGUAUGUGUAUAAAAAUAAAUGGUCCUCCAGUAAAUAUGACAAAGAAGCCAUAAAAAAUAUGUUUUUUUAUUAUUACUUUGAAAGCAAAAUAAAAGAAAAAGAUGAAGAUAAUAAUGCCAGUAAAAAAUCGAAAAAUAAAAAUAUAAUUAAUAAAGUACAACUAAAAGAGAAUGAUAUAAAUGAAAAUAUUAUAAGGAGUAAUAAUGAAAAAACUAUAUGUAUACGUCUUUAUAAUGAAAACACGUUAUCCUUAUUAAAACAUAUUCAAAAAGCCUUUUUAGAAUGUAAAAAAUUUAAUGAAAAUUUUUUUUUGUUUUCAAAAAAUCUGAUUAAAAUAGAUUUUAUAAAAAUAAAUCAAAAGGAUGGAAAAGCAGAAAUUGUAAUGAAUUUAGGCUUAUCUAUGCCUGAAAAUCAUUUUCAUUUAAGAAAAAAAUUUUAUGACUCUGUUAGAAAAUUAGAAUUAUUAGAAGAAAAAAAAGAAAAAAAUAAUGUUGGCGCAGAGGAAAACAAAAAUUCAUUAUUAAAUUUAGAUGAACAAAAUUUAGAAUUUUUUUUACAGUGUCAAAUAUAUAAUGGAAAUAAAGCAAGCAAAUGGAUAAUAGGUUUAUUACGAGAUGUUAGUAUAUCUAUAUGUUUAGAACAUUAUCAAAUUUUUCGAAAAUAUUAUUUAUUUCAAAAUUUCAAUAUUAUUUUUAAUAUUGAUAGUUUACCUAUGCAUAUUAAUUGCAAUUUGUUUGAAAAAAACGAUUCUAACUUAAAAAAAAUUAAAAAUAAUGAAAAUUUAUCAUGUAUGAUAAGUAAAAUAUCUACUUUAUAUAUUCAUUUUUUAAAAUUAGCUCAUAGAAAUACAGUAAAAAAAAUAUUAAAGUUUGAUGCAAACAAAAUAUUAUACAAAAAUAAAGGAAAGUGGGUUAAAAAAAAAAUAAAAAAUAAGCAUAAUAGCAGCACUACUAUUAUUACUAAUAAUACUAAAAAUUCGCAAUUUAAUAAUAAUUUAAAAACUGAUAUUAAUCUAACCUUUGAUUAUGUAUAUAAAAUUGAUAAGAAUGAAAUAAAAUCCUUUAACGAAAUAUAUCAGAUUUUUAAGAAAAAAUAUCUUAAUUUUAUUCCUAGAAAAUAUGAUAAGGAUGAUAUAUUCAGCCCUGUUGUUAAAAAUAUUUUUCUGAAUUGCGAAGAACUUAAAAUUUUACCUUGUCUUCAAAAAAAAGAUCAAAUGUAUUUUUUGUUCUGGAGUAAUAUACAUAAUUCUAUCAAUAUAUAUCCAUUUUGUAAAUAUUUAAAUCAAAUUACUUUUUUUUUGCUAGAUUUGGGUUUAACAAUCUUAUUGCCUUAUUAUGAAAUUGAUAACAUUAUUCAUAUUCAUAAAGUAAUAAAUUCAAAUUGUAAGAUAAAUAGUGUAAAUACUAAAAAGGUAGAAAUAGUUCCAUCUGGUAUGAAACAAGAUGAAAUAAUAACUAAUAGAAAUUAUGAUAAACUUAGUUCAACUGAUAAUUCAAUGAAUAAUUCAUCUUAUACAUUAAAAAAUAAUUCAAAUAACGAAACAAUUAAUGAAAGUGUAUUAAAUAUAACAUCUUGUUAUUUAAGAAAUAUAAUAAAAAAACACAUUUCUACUUAUAUUUGUUUUAUAAAAGAUUGCUUAAAAGAAAAAAAUUUUUCUUCAAUUCUAUAUUUAUACGAUUAUAUUUUUUCAGAUUUUAAAAAAAAAGAUUCAUAUGAUUCUCUCAUAGAAUAUUUAAAAACCACUCCUCUUUUAGUGAUAUUAAAUUAUGAUGUAUCAUAUUUGAAAAUGAAAAUGAAGAAUUAUAUAAAUGCUCAGAAAGAAAAAGAUGAAUUAAAUAAAUGGGAAAAUGAAUCAAAUAGCAAUAAAAAUGUUCAAAUUUUUAAUAACAAGUAUAAUAAUGAUAUUAAAAAUUUACAUCUUAAAAAUAGUUCUAUAUCUUCCUUUCAAAAUAGUCUUAGUGGCACAAAAAAUAAAAGUUUAUCUAUUUGUUCUGAUAGCUUUGAUAAAAGUAAAAAAAAUAAUUUUGAUGUUGAAGAAUUCUUAAAUUUUGAUUAUAUACAUUUGAUUAAAUAUGACGAACAUAUUAAAAUUUAUUCUUCCAAAUAUUUCUAUUUAUUUGAUUUAAACAACGUAUUUUUUAUUAAUAUUCAUUUUUAUUCUUCGUAUAUUUUAUCUCUUUUAUUAGAAGCAAAAAUUAUACUAAAAUUAUCAUUAAUACAUUUACCUAAUAUAUUGCAUUUUAAUUUAUAUCCUCAUAUAUUUCAUUAUUGUGAUUCUUCUGAAAUAGAUAAUAUUAAAAAGAAUGGAUCUUUUUCUGAUGAUAAUUAUAUAACUAGCAGUGAUAAUUUUAAGAGGAAAAUGAAUAUUUUAGUAUACAAUUCUAAUGAAAUGUUAAAUAUAGAAUAUGAUAAUUACAAAAAAAAUGAAAAAAAAAAAUAUAUACAUAAUUCCAUAUACGAUUUUAUAGAAAUUCCAUAUGAUAUUAAAAUUAUCAUUUAUAAUAGACUCAUUUUAGAUAUGAUUAAUGAAUUACAUGAGAGCAAAAAUGUAAAUAUUUUAAAUAUUUUAAAAAAUUUUCGCUUAUUAAUAACAUCUGACGUAUUACUAGACGAUCAGUCACAUAAAUAUAUUUAUAUUCAUAAUAUAAAUGAUAUAAAUGAUAUCAUUGGUUUGGAUUUUAAUGAUUGUAAAAUGGAAAAAAUUCUAUUUACAAUAGGAUUCAAAAAAAUUCAUAAUGAUGUAUCAAAAAAUACAAUUUUUGAACAAUUUCUUAUAAAAAAUUAUGAAGAUGUAAUGUUUUCAUUGUACAGAAAUAGAAAACUUUUAAAUUGGAACAUUUUAAAUAAUGAUGAGAAAAAUUUUUUGUUAUCUAAAUUUUUAUCAAAUAUUCAGUUUACCAAUAAUAAUACCUAUUAUCUUAAAGCUCUUCCAAUUUUUUAUUCUUUAAAUGAUUCUAAGUUUAUUAAUCUAUUAAAUGCUGAUAAAAAAUAUGUGAUAGUUCGAACAAAUUUUCUUGAUUUAUUUAUUUAUAUAAUAUCGGUAGAAUUAAAAUUAUCAGGUAUUCAUAAAAAGGGAAAUAUUUUGUCUAAAAUUGUCAACUUUAAUGAUCAUAACAACGAAAAUCAUUUAUGCAAAGAUUAUAUAAAUAUAAAUAAUGAUAAUAAUAAUGUGCCUAAUAAUAAUAGUAUAAACAAUAAUAACAUUAAUUAUAUAAGUAAUGAUAAUAUUGUAAAUAAUAACAUUAUUUAUAUAAAAAGUAGUGAUAAUGUAAAUAAUAAUUUUAUUAAUACAUAUAGUGAAGAUAAUAUAAAUGGUAAUAAUAAUAAUAAUAAUAAUAAUAAUAAUAAUAUAAAUAAUGAUGAUAAUGAUUUUAAAAACAAAAGCACAAACAUAUCCAAUCCUCUCAUUACUUCUAAGAAUUACAAAGAUGAUAAAGCAAAAGAAAUAAAUGUAGAAAAUAAUAUAGAAUUAAUUAAGAAUGAUGAUAAUGAGACAGAUAAAAAUAUAAAUAGUAAUUUAAUUAGUGAAAAUGCAGGAAAUAUGAUAAAUAUUAAGAACAACAAUGAAUCGAGUUUGAACAUAAAUUAUAUAUUUUUAUAUGAUUCUAAUAUUAGUAAAAACUGUUGGAAACAUAUUAAUUUAGAUUACUGGUAUAGCUAUGAUAUCAUUAAACACUUUUUCUUGGAGAUUUUAAAAAAUUGCUCUAACGAAUUUAUAUUUCAUAAAAUUAUACUUUUUAUAUAUGAGGAAUUUAAACAAUACUUAGAAGAAAUUAUCUUUCAAAAACAACUAAAAGAAAAUAAUAUAAAUAAUUUGAGUAAUUCAAAAAAUUCUAACAAUUGGUUUUUAAUAGAUAUUAUAAAUGAAUUAAGAGAAAUACCUUUGAAGUUCAAAGAAAAUUUUAAAAUUUCUCAACUUUAUAAUAUAAAUUGCAAUUUAUUUAAAGAGUUUAUAAAUAAUAACUAUUUAUUUAAAUUUUUAUAUCUAUGCAAUUUUCCAUAUGAACAUAUUUUUUUAGAAAGUUUAAAUUUUCACUUAAUUCCCAGCAUAAUAGAAUUAAGUAAUUUUCUUUCAAUUUUAGUAAAUAUUUUAAAAACGAAAAACUAUUAUAAGUUAGAUAAAGGAUUUAUAGAAAUAAUAUUUAAUGAAAUAAAUUUAGAUUAUAGUAUGUAUAAUACAAAUUUUGAUAAAGAGCAUUUAAAUAAUAAAAUUGAUUGUGUUUUAAAAUAUAUUAAUAAUAACUUCCAGUUUUUACUUAAAAAGAAAGAUAAACAUUUUUUUUAUUUAGUAGAUUAUCUUAUAGAUCUUUUAAUGAAUAAAAAAAGGUUUAGAAAAAAAGUAAGGAAUUAUAAAAUUAUUGUAAAUUAUUACAAUGAGAAUAUUAAAGAAAAAGAGGGAUAUUUUAAAAAAAGGAUCAAAAAUAAAAUUAAUGGAACAACAUCAAGUGACAGUGAGGAUAAUGAAAGCGAUGUUAAAAGUGUAAAUGAUGAAAACGAUAACAAUGAAAAUGAAAAUGAUGAAAGAAGGAGUAAUGAAAAUGAAGAUGACGAAAGUGAUAAAUAUAAAAAAGAAUUUCAACAUAGUAAAUAUAAAGCUAAAGAAUAUGAAAAAAAAAAUGAGGAAACGAAUUUGGUAUAUAAAUAUAAUAAUGCACAUUAUCAAAAUAAACAAAAAAAUAUAUGCAAUGAAAACAUUCAGAUUGACGAAUACGACAUUCUUUAUAAUACUAAAAAAAAAUUAGCUAAAGAUACUUAUUACUCCUGGAGCGAUAAUGAACUAAAUAUGAAAACAAUAGAAAAUGAUUCAUUAGAUUAUUAUUCUAAAAAAAAAAAUUUAAAUAAAAACAUUUUCUCCAAUUUUUAUUGUUCUCACCAAAAUUUCUGCAGAGGUAGAGCAAAUGUUCCAAGUAAAAAUAAAUGCAUUCUCUAUGAUUUAGAUAAUUUUUACAAAAACACAUGCAACUCAGAAAACGAUUCUUAUAGUAGUCGAAAUGCAAAAAAAAAUAAGAAAGAAACAAAUUUAGAAAGGAUAAGCAUGCUAAAAGAUUUACAAAAAAUAUUAAAUGAAAAAAAGAAAUGCAAAACAAGAAAUUUUGAGUUAAAAGAAAAAUAUAUUAGCACAUUAAAAAACGAUACAUUUAUAAAUCAGGCAUCUAAAGAAGACAAAUUUUUCUUAAAAAAUAAGUCUCCUUAUUUUCCUUCGGAAGAAAAAAGAACUAUGGAAAAUUCAAAAAAUUUUGAGAAAAAUUACAAUAUGGAAAAUUACGAGGUAAAACAAGAAGCAAAUAUUGAUUCUAUAAAGAAAGAUAUAAAUUCAGAUAAUUUUUUAAAAGAAAUAUUAAAUAAUAAAAAUGAAUCAAAAUUAGCAAAUAAUGGAUUUAGAUCACAUCAUAUAACAAGCAAAAAAACGAAAACAUACACUGAAAUAUUAUACGUAAGCAAAAAAAAUACAUGUAAUAGUAAUUGUGAAUUAAUGAAAAAUUUAAAGCUACUGUUUUGUUCAAAAGAAUUUUUAAAAGCUAUAUACGAAUUUACAAAAUUGUGCAAAAAAAAAAAGAAUCAUAAAAUUGAUAUAAUAAUUAAUAAAAUAAAAAACUUGAAAUUAGUUUGUUCAGAAACUUUAGAAAUUGUGAAAUAUAACGAAAUUACAGAGACAAAACAAAAGUACUAUAAAUAUUCUUAUUAUGUAAAGGAAAAUAAUUUUUAUUGUCUUUAUAUUUUACAUAAUUCAUUUUUGGGGAAUGAUAAUAUUAAAUAUGAAAUAGCUCUAUGUAUUAGGAAGAUUUUUAAGAUACCAAAAAAAUUUCUUUCUAUUUUACAGAAAAUUAUGGAUAUUCAAAAUUUAUACUAUUUAUGUGAUUUUUUUUGUAAAAAUAGUCAAAGUAAAAAUAUGUAUUCAAUAGGAAAGAGUGUAAAUAAUUUGAAUUACAUUAGUGUAAAUAUAUUUUCUGAAUUUUAUCAAGGUGAGUUUGUUGCCUACUUGAAGAACUAUAAUUUUAAUAUUUGUAAAAAUUCUAUGUUUAAUGAUAAAAUAAAAUUUUCAAAUUUUCAAUUUGUUUAUGCUAAGAUUUUAAAAAUUUAUACCGUUGAUAGUUUAAAAAAGAAUAAACAAAACCUUUAUUUGAAGAAAAUGCAUAAAAAUAGAAAUAAAAACAACGGUGAAAAAUUGGCAAUAAAGGAAGAAGAAGAAAAAGAAGAAGAUAAAGAAGAUGAAGAAGAUGAAGAAGAAGAUGAAGAAGAAGAAAAAGAAGAGGAAGUAGACAACGAAGAAGUAGACAACGAAGAGGAAGUAGACAAUGAAGAGGAAGUAGACAAUGAAGAGGAAGUGGAAAUAUAUGAAGUACUAAAAAAAAAAAAGUUACAAGAGGAAGAACAAAAACAGAAGCAAGAUCAUAAAGGAUAUCCUAUAAAUGAAGAUGAAUGUAUAGUAAAAAACAAAGACAAAGACGAAAAUGAAGAGAAUAAUACAUCUGAGAAAAGUGAAAGAAGUAAUUUUGGAAAGAGCAUAUUAAGAGACAAAAACAGUAAUAAAAGCGAUUUCUAUGAAAAUAUGAAAAGAGAUGAAUUAAAAAAAAAAAGAAAAUAUAAAUGCAACGUUAAGAAUUAUGAUAAAUAUGAAAAAAUAUAUAAAGAUAUAAAAAAAGAUAAAAGUACAAUAUUAUUAAAUUGUAAUUUAUUAGAAGAGGAAAAAAAAAGUAAUAUCAAAGAAAAAAUAGAAGAAGACAAAAAUGAGAUUUGUUACACUGAAAAUUCAUCUUUAAUAAAAAAAAAACCCUUAACAAAUUUAAUUUUCUUUAAAGAAGAUGAUACUUUAUAUACUGAAGAUGAAAGUAGCUACAAUUAUAAAAAUUUUAUAGAGGUAAAAGAAAAUUAUUUUAAUGAAAUUUUUGUAAAAAAGAAAAAUAAUUGGAACGAAGAAAAUAAUUUAAUAUUAAAAGAAGUAGAAAAAGGAAAAAUAACUAAAAAAAUAUUAAAAAAAAGUAAUGAUAAAGAUCAUAAUAUAAAUAUUCAAUACAAACAAAAAUUACGUCAAAUAGAAAAAAAAAAUCCUGUUGAAUUAUUAGAAAGUAAUUCCGGAUAUUUUAUAGAAAGGAAUCAUGAAAAUAUAAGAGAGGGAAAGGAAAAUAAAAAUAAAAUUGGUAAUACACAUAUUUUAAAAAAAAAAUAUAUUAUUGAUUUAGGUGCAUAUAUAUCAACUGAUAUAUCUCAUUUAGACUUAUUCAAAAUUGAUAAAAAAAAUAAUAAUUUUAAUUUUAAUUAUAAAGAACAAAUUAAAAAUAUAAAUGAUCACAUAAACGUAGACAAUACAUUAAAAAUAAAUGAAAUAUGCAAUUUAAAUGAAAAAUUAUUCAUAAGAGAAAUAAUAAGUAACAUGCAAAAUAAUUAA